AUGCAGAGCGUGUCCAUCCAGCCAGCGCCGGUCCCCCAUAUGGUGACAACAGUCACUCAAAUGUCCAGAAAUGACUGGAGCUCAGGAAUCUGUGACUGCUGUGAGGACAUGGGGAUAUGCUGCUUAGCGUUCUGGUGCUUCCCCUGCUUCCAGUGUUCCACGGUGAAUGAUUUCGGGGAGUGCCUGUGCCUCCCGCUCCUCGAGCACAUGAGCAGUGACUUCCCCAUUAUCUCCCUCGCAAUGAGGACGGCCGUCCGAGAGCGCCAUAAGAUCCCGGGCUCCAUCUUCAGUGACUGCUGCACGGUCUGCUGGUGCUUGUCCUGCUCCUGGUGCCAGAUGGCUCGUGAGAUCAAGACACGCAGGAAGCUGGUCACCUUCAUGACAGCCCACACCACGCCUGCCCCCAUGAUGUACACGAACAAACCAUAG